GUAUGUAUGUGAUGAAUGAUUCGACAAGUCUAACGCAAGGGUGCAGACCUGGAAAUCAUCGGCCGAAACCUUACGGAUGAGCGGGAGUGAAAACAACAUCGAAAUUCGCCAACUUUGUCAUUUUUGUCAUAAAUGGACAACCUAUGGUAGUUUGGGCAUAUCUCCAUCGUUUCUUCACGGAAUUGCAAACCGUUUGAUUCUGUUGAUUUCUAAGAUGUAAGGCUAUAACUUUCGCAUAGAAAGUAUUUCGAGUUAACAGAUGUAAGAUGGCGUAAAUCGGACCUGAAGUCAAAGGAUAGUUGUUGUCCAGGAUUUCGGAUAUGUCGAUGAACCACGAUUCCGACGAUUAACUCAUUAACUUCAAUAUUCCAACACCGAACCUUCUCUACGAUACCUUCCGGAUUUUCCUAAUAAUUGUUAGAGAGUUUAUGGUGAGUGUUUGGAAUGAAACAACAUGGAUAUGGUGAAGAAACAUAGCCAACCCGAGGAGCUCGCCACCUCUGGCGCAGUCCCGGUAUUUUGGCCAUAUCUUCUUCGUUACUUAAAGAAAUCGCGAGCCGUUUGUUGGGAUGGAAUCGUAUCGUCCGGGGCUACAACUUUGGUUCAAGAAGUAUUUCAAGAUCAUGGAUGAAAAAUUUCAGUUUUUACCUCAAAGUGGACUGCUGUGUUUUUGGACUCAAAACUUGGAAACUUUGGAUGAUUUUCUUGCUCCUUCUUCUUCUUCCUUAACAUAAACCAUGGAGCAUAAUUGUGUUUUCUUCCUCCUUAGUUGCUGCCGACAGAGAGGGAGGGAUGGUGAGGAGCAGAGAUGAUGGGGUGGCUAAGGAUUUGGGAGAUGGAGGCUACGAGAUUUUGGGGGAUAUUUUAGGAUUUAGUUUUGGACCUUUGUCCAAACUGAACAGUUUACCCCAAAUGGCCAUAUUUUGCGGCAUUACAAGUGCUCUUGAUGUGACGGGCAUGGGUGACAUAGUGCUGAAGACCCCAGUCGGUUUCUGGACUUUGAAGGAUGUCAAAGUUGUUCCAGCCUUGAAGAAAAGUUUGAUUUCUGUCAGGCAGUUGGACGAACAGGGACAUGAGGUGAAGUUCAGAGAUGGGCAGUGGAAGGUCGUGAAGGGAAAUCUUGUCAUGGCCCGUGGAAAGAAGAGAGGUUCGCUGUAUAUGAAGAAGGUUGUCUGUGCAAGAGAGAAACCUAGAGCCACUGGUCAGACUCAGGAUGAACGAGCGUGGAAAGGUUCAAGGGGGCCAGUUAGAGGUAUUUAUGGCAAUGGGAGCUCAAGAGGCGCUUCAGCCAAGUUGCAUAGAAGACAGUGGGUCAGGAGAACCAGUAUUCCAGCUGUUGGAACAUCUCCAGAAAAUUUCUUGCUGAGUAUGGAGAGUGUUUGUUCUCAGGAUGUUCCAGGAUCCGGCAGUGUGCAUCUGCAGUGGGAGCCGGUAGGGACCAAGGACGAGUCAGGGGCAGAUUUAGCCGUGACUAAUGGGUUGGAGCUUGGGAGAGCUUCAACGGGCCUUUCAGUUGUCUGAUGAGAGGGCCGCUGCAACAGGAGAGCUGUGGAAGAUCACUCGAUGUACAUGCAAUCGUGGUGGAUGGCAGUUGAUGACUAUCAAGCCUCCAAGUGGGAGAAUGUUGGGUUUGUGGAGGCUUGGGCUUGAAUUAUUGGUCGGCCCAUGUUAUGUAACCCU